UGAUUUGAUUUGAUCCUUAUCUAUUACUGUAUGUCAUUUGCAGGGUUCAUUGAUUAUUUAUUUAAUUAUUUCUUUAUCUUUGAUUUGAUGUGACAAGGUUCCUCUAAUUCAUUGAUGCCAAAAACCCACACCAGAGUUGCUUUCUAUAGUUGUCUACUAUAGGCCCAUGAUGUCAUACCGAUAAAUCUUACCAUCCCUAGUAUUUUAACAAUGCUGACUCAAAAUAUGUUAACCAUAUUUGUAUUAUUUGUUUAGGAUUAGUUACGAAUUCAACAACAAAUUGGUUUGAUGUGUCAAAUUUUGCAAUAAAGCGUAUUUAAGUCUGUGAAUUUUGUUUAUGUGGAUCAAAGACUACUAUACCCAGAAUGCUAAGCGCAGGGCUUUUUCGGAAACACAAAAAGGACACCGAGUUGAGAGGUCGAAAAGAGAAGCCGGCGAGUAAAUGACAGCGUGUGGACUUUCACACAUUAUUAAGUGCCUCCCAUGGCUGGAAGGUUGCUGAGAUUGUCGACUGUUGGUACGGCACUGUUCACCUCCUCAGGAUUCUACCUUUACAACAGACCAGUGGACAUCAAUGACAUCAGCCUUGUCCGCUUCGGGAGGGCUGCGGCCACCACGGCGAUCAUCAGCUAUGACUACUUCACGUCUCUGAGGCAUGUGGAGCAUGGCACAGAGGAAUACUGGGCACUCAAGUCCAAGCUUCACCGCAGGUCGGCGGAGCGCCUGCGGGACCUGUGCUGCGCCAACCGGGGCACCUUCAUCAAGGUGGGCCAGCACCUGGGCGCCCUGGACUACCUGCUGCCGGAGGAGUACACGUCCACGCUGCGCGUGCUGCACAGCCGCGCGCCCCAGAGCUCCAUGGAGGAGAUCCGCCAGGUGCUCCGGGAGGACCUGGGCAAGGAGCUCUCAGACCUGUUCGUCACCUUCGAGGAGAAGCCCCAGGGCGCCGCCUCCUUGGCCCAGGUCCACAAGGCCGUGUUGCAUGAUGGGAGGACUGUGGCCGUGAAGGUCCAGCACCCCAAGGUCCAGACGCAGAGCUCCCAGGACAUCGUGCUCAUGGAGGUGCUGCUGAAGAUGGUCCACUGGGUGUUCCCAGACUUUGCCUUCAUGUGGCUGGUAGAGGAGGCCAAGAAGAACAUGCCUCUGGAGCUGGACUUCCUCAACGAGGGGCGCAACGCCGAGAAGGUGGCCAGCAUGCUGGGGCACUUCCCCUUCCUCAAGGUUCCUAAGAUCCACUGGGAUCUGUCCACCAAGCGGAUCCUCACCAUGGACUUUGCCGAGGGAGGCCAGGUCAACGACAGGGACUACAUGAGGAGGCACGGCAUCAAUGUCAACGAGAUCUCCCAGAACCUGGGCAAAAUGUACAGCGAGAUGAUCUUUGUGCAUGGCUUCGUGCACUGCGACCCCCACCCAGGGAACGUGCUGGUGAGACGGAGCGCCCAGAGUGGCCAGACGGAGAUCGUCCUGCUGGACCACGGCCUGUACCAGGUCCUGCACCCAGACUUCAGGAUGGACUACUGCAGCCUGUGGCAGGCCCUGAUCAAGGGGGACAUGAAGGGCGUGGAGAGGCACAGCCGGAGCCUGGGGGCAGGAGACCUGUACGCCCUGUUCGCCUGCGUGCUCACCGCCCGCUCCUGGACCUCCGUCACAGCCGGCAUCAGCAGCACCCCCGUCACACACUCGGAGGACGUGGAGAUCAGGACCAACGCGGCCCUCUACCUCCCCCAGAUCAGCGAGCUGCUGAACCGCGUGCCCCGUCAGAUGCUGCUGCUGCUGAAGACCAACGACCUGCUGCGGGGCAUCGAGACCACGCUGCAGACCCGCGCCAGCGCCUCCUCCUUCAUCAACAUGUCCCGCUGCUGCACGCGCGCUCUGGCCAGGCACCAGAGGAGCAAGGCGCCCUGGAGGACCCAGCGAUUGCAGAUCACCCUGAGGGAAUGGGUUAGCCUCUGGCAGAUCAGUGCGUACGAGAUGUUCCUCUGGGUCAAGGGUUCAAUGCUGGGGUCCUGGCUCUCCGGUCUGCUCACCUUGCUGCACUAGACACACACACACGCAUCGAUGCAAACGCGCGCAUCUAUACACACAUUCAUGCAUACCUGCAAACGAACACACCUUCAUGUAAACCCUGAGAUGCAAGCAACACGUGAACACACGUGACCACGAACAGACAACAGACAAUCUUCUUGAAACGCACAGAAAAUGCAGUACCGUGGACGGCAAGCUUGUGGACAGUGAGGAGGAUCAACCUGAAAAUGGACAUUCAUUCACACGAAUGCAGUCGAAAUGACUGACCCAAGUUGUAAACACGGACGCCAGACAGACCAGCAGGCCUGUUCAUCCGGCCAGUCAAGCACAUCUCCAGCGGCUCCGAACAGCUCAUCUUUAGGAUGCCUCUGCCUGAGGUGUUUGGCUGGACAGGCAUCCAUCAUUGCUUCUCUCUCUCUCUUUCUCUCUCUUUCUCUCUCUUUCUCUCUCUCUGUCUCUGUCUCUGUCUCUCUUUCU